GAUUAUUUGGUUUAUUGUAAUACAAUAAAUGAAAUACAAUAAAAGGUUUAACAAACUUUUUCAUAAAGUUGCUUUGGUUGUUAAAAAAUUUUAGACCUUUCCUCCCAUCUUUUUUUUUUUUUUUUAAUACAUCAUUCUAACUUCCUAAAAGUAUAGCUCAGAAAGGUGGGGGCCCAGGGGAGAGGCCAGCAGCGAAGACAUUAUUGGGAUCUUAUUUGCCCCAAGAUCACGCAGAGAUGACUUAUUCAGUUUGUAGAUUAUAUAAACGGAAGAGGGAAUUAAUAGUUACUGAAUCUACCAUGAGUCAGAUACAAACUUUCUCAUACAAUCUUCGCGGUUAUCCCACAAGGUUAGAAAUUGGGAACAGAAGAGAGAGGGCGAGGAACUGAGCUCGGGUUUCAGGCUAGCAGCAGACAAGCAGGAAGCGGAACGAAGAAUGAUUUCUAAGCGCAGCUCCGCAGCCCAGUCACCUCGUCGGCUGGGGACCUGCUCUGGGAGUUUCGAUUUCCAUUCCCGCGACUGCACCUGCACAGACAUGGGCAACGCCUUACCAGAGCAACACCUGUGUUUGUUUGGCGGGAAUGAGCCUUGCACUGGGCAGAGCUCAGGGCCCACCGCGUGCAGCGCAGCGCGGGUGAUUUAAACCCACGCAGCGGGCGCCCGGAACCCGAUCGGAUGCUCCUUGACUUUGCCCCCGGUCUCCGGACUCCUCUGAUUGGACGUGGCUGCGUUCGGCCGCCCAAUGGCGAGGCGGCGCGCGGCUUCCCGGAAGUGGCGGCGCGGUCAGGGCUGGCCUUGGCUUCAGCUGCGGUUUUGGGGUCCAGGACGCUGGGAUCGGCGGCGCUAUGAGUUCCUUCGAGGGGCAGAUGGCCGAGUAUCCAACUAUCUCCAUAGACCGCUUCGACAGGGAGAACCUGAGGGCCCGCGCCUACUUCCUGUCCCACUGCCACAAAGAUCACAUGAAAGGAUUAAGAGCCCCUACCUUGAAAAGAAGGUUGGAGUGCAGCUUGAAGGUUUAUCUAUACUGUUCACCUGUGACUAAGGAGUUGUUGUUAACGAGCCCGAAAUACAGAUUUUGGAAGAAACGAAUUAUAUCUAUUGAAAUCGAGACUCCUACCCAGAUAUCUUUAGUGGAUGAAGCAUCAGGAGAGAAGGAAGAGAUUGUUGUGACUCUCUUGCCAGCUGGUCACUGUCCAGGAUCAGUUAUGUUUUUAUUUCAGGGCAAUAAUGGAACUGUCCUGUACACAGGAGACUUCAGAUUGGCGCAAGGAGAAGCUGCUAGAAUGGAGCUUCUGCACUCCGGGGGCAGAAUCAAAGACAUUCAAAGUGUAUAUUUAGAUACUACGUUCUGUGAUCCAAGAUUUUACCAAAUUCCAAGUCGGGAGGAGUGUUUAAGUGGAAUCUUAGAGCUGGUUCGAAGCUGGAUCACUCGGAGCCCGUACCAUGUUGUGUGGCUGAACUGCAAAGCGGCUUAUGGCUAUGAAUAUUUGUUCACCAACCUUAGUGAAGAAUUAGGAGUCCAGGUUCAUGUGAAUAAGCUAGACAUGUUUAGGAACAUGCCUGAGAUCCUUCAUCAUCUCACAACAGACCGCAACACUCAGAUCCAUGCAUGCCGGCACCCCAAGGCAGAGGAAUAUUUUCAGUGGAGCAAAUUACCCUGUGGAAUUACUUCCAGAAAUAGAAUUCCACUCCACAUAAUCAGCAUUAAGCCAUCCACCAUGUGGUUUGGAGAAAGAAGCAGAAAAACAAAUGUAAUUGUGAGGACUGGAGAGAGUUCAUACAGAGCUUGUUUUUCUUUUCACUCCUCCUACAGUGAGAUUAAAGAUUUCUUGAGCUACCUCUGUCCUGUGAACGCAUAUCCAAAUGUCAUUCCAGUUGGCACAACUAUGGAUAAAGUUGUCGAAAUAGUUCCAGUCUCACGGAGAGGCCAGGUGCAAAGGCAGCACACAAGCUCGAUGGGUGCAGAAGGAAUGAGGCCCCGUGUCAGGGAAUCUGCUUCGCAGACCCCGAUGAGGACAUACAGGACCAGGCUUGCAGAUGUCGAUGGAAAGGAGGAUGGAGAAUCUCUGGAGAGAGGUCUGGGUUGGAGACACAGAAUUGGAGUUGGCAGUGCAGAGGAGGAGGAUGACUAUCUCUUUGAUGAUCCUCUGCCAAUACCUUUAAGGCACAAAGUUCCAUACCAGGAAACUCUUCACCCUGAGGUAUUUUCAAUGACUGUAGUAUCAGAAAAGCAGCCUGAAAAACUGAGACAAACCCCAGGAUGCUGCAGAGCGGAGAGUAUGCAGAGCUCUCGUUUCACAAACUUUGUAGAUUGUGAAGAAUCCAACAGUGAAAGUGAAGAAGAAGUAGGAAUCCCAGCUUCACUGCAAGGAGAUCUGGGCUCUGUGCUUCACCUGCAAAAGGCUGAUGGGGAUGUACCCCAGUGGAAAGUAUUCUUUAAAAGAAAUGAUGAAAUCACAGAUGAGCGUUUGGAAAACUUCCCUUCCUCCAUAGAGGCAGGGGGAUCUCAGUCACCAAAGCUUUUCAGUGACUCUGAUGGAGAAUCAACUCACAUCUCCUCCCAGAAUUCUUCCCAGUCAACACACAUAACAGAACAAGGAAGUCAAGGCUGGGACAGCCAAUCUGAUACUGUUUUGUUGUCUUCCCAAGAGAGAAACAGUGGGGAUAUUACUUCCUUGGACAAAGUUGACUACAGACCAACAAUCAAAGAGAAUAUUCCUGCCUCUCUCAUGGAACAAAAUGUGAUUUGCCCAAAGCAUACUUACUCUGAUUUGAAAAGCAGAGAUCAAGAUGUGACAAUAGUUCCUAGUACUGGAGAACCAACUACUCUAAGCAGUGAGACACAUAUACCCGAGGAAAAAAGUUUGCUAAAUCUUAGCACAAAUGCAGAUUCCCAGAGCUCUUCUGAUUUUGAAGUUCCCUCAACUCCAGAAGCUGAGUUACCUAAACGAGAGCAUUUACAAUAUUUAUAUGAGAAGCUGGCAACCGGGUCUCGCUCUGUCAUGAUGCGGUGGUGCCAUCAUGACUCCCUGCAUCCUUUAACUCCUGGGAUCAAGCGAUCUUCCUGCCUCAGCCUCCUGAAUAGCUGGAUCACAGGUGCAUACUGCCACGCCCAGCUAAUGAUUUAGUUUUUGUAGAGAUGUGGGGUCUCACUAUGUUGCCCACACUGGUCUGGAACUCCUGGGCUCAAGUGAGCCUCCAGCCUUGACCUCCCCAAGUGCUGGGAUUAACUGUACUUGGUUGAUUUAUGACUUUUUAAACAGGAUUUGAGCAGUAAGUUGAAACACUGCAUUACUUUCAUUAUAAUUAGGAUGUUCAAAAGGCUAUACAUCUAUAGCUCUCUACAGGACACAACUGAAUGUUAAGGACUAAAUCUGCAAGUACAUGCUCUAAAUAUGAUCCAGGCACAUUUUUCCUGUAACUUAUAUAUAUGCAGUUACAAAUGGAAAAUUGUUAAAAAUACAGGGGAGAAGCUAUGUUAACUUUGGAAUGGAAGGUUUUGUUUUUGUAGAAUACGUUAUUUUCAUGCAAUUCUGUAAGUCUAAGAUCGUCAUCUACAGUUCUGCUCUUAAGAACACAGUUUUAUGACACGCUCAGCUUAAGAAACCCAAAGUGUCUAAAGUACUUUAUGUUACCAACCAAAUUUGGCUGCUGCACUCAUUAAGAAUGCAACUCAAAAAAAUUUUGGUUAACAAAAAGAGUAAUUUGAUCAUACAAGAUCUUGUAUACUGAAUAAUUUAUAAUAAUCUACCACCGUCUAAAAGAAUCAAAACAGACAUCUAAGUUAGUUUCAGAAUUAUAGAUGAAUACAGAUAGUUAUAGGUGACCCAAUUCCAACUAAAAAAUCCAGAGUUGACAACUCCAGAUAUGUAGCCAUGCUUGUGUCUUUCUAGUCACAGCUCAACCUACCCUUCAGUUUGAAGCAGUGUGGUGCCAUGGUGAAGACUACUGAUUUUAGAGCUUUGAAUCUUGGUUCUUAUUACCUUAUGACCUGUGUGACCUUGGGCAAGGUGCUCAAUUUCUCUAUAAUAAUGGACAUAACAGUACUACUUCUCAAAAAAAAAAAAAAAGAAAAGAAAAAGAAAUAGUACUACCUCACUGAGUUUUGGAGAGGAUUAGUGAAUUAAUACAUCAAGUGCUUAGAAUAGUAUGUGACACACGGCAAAUACUUUUUACAUUUAUAUAUAUAUACAUAGAUAUAUGAUUUGUAUACAAAUGAAUUUGCUAGUAUUUGUAUAGUAGUUUUGAGAAUGGUCUUCACAGUUCAAAAGUAAGUUACAGAUGCACAGAACCUAAUUUUCUUAUGGAUGCAAUAAAUGCUUGUGUAUAUUUUACAAUACUCAUAAAUAUAGUAUCUUUCAUGUUGAUCCAAAAUAGAGUUCUGCCAACUACAUUUAAUCAUAUUUGGUCAAAUAGAUGAAGUAAAUUAAAACAUUCAAGUUUCAAAGCAGCAUGUGUUACAUCUGAGUUUCUUCUUAGGACUUUUGGGUAAAAAGUUGUCAUAUUUUAAAUUUUACAAAUCCUAGGUUUGACUAGUAGGAAUGUGUAUUUGUUGAAAGAUGACUAUAUCAAUUUGUUUUAACAUAUAUUUUUUGUUCAUAUAAAAGUUUUUUAUUUCUAAAUAUGCCAGUGAACUCUUCUCCUAAAUCUGAAUAAAUUUCUACAUAUCUGAAAACGAAAAUAUCAAAAUGUACCAAGUAUCUGUUAAAGAGAUAAAAAGGUAAUUUUCCAAAAGUAUAAACCUUACAUAUCCAUCAUUUACUACGUGGCAAACGAAACAUACCUCU